AUGGACUUCUUUGGGGAGGGCAGAGCAAGCUUGGAUAUGGCGUCUGCCGACCAGCCCCUGUUCCUCGAUGAUGCUGGGUGCGAGUUUUCAUCGGAGGUAGCAUGGGGACAGGACAGGACGAGUUUAGACCUCUACAGCUCUAACCUUGAAAGCUUUCGUGCAAGCUUGGAUGGACCAGGCAGGCCUCUUGAAAGUCCUCCCAAGCCCUGCUACCUUGAAAGCGCCAUGGGGCACCGGAGCCUGCCCUUAGCCAGCGCCUUUACGUUCGUGCCCGAAUACGUUGACGUGUCUCCGAGAAGCGAUGAAACGAUGAGCAAGCACUUUGUGGAUGUGAAGGAGGAGCAGCAGACUCCUGCUGCAGCUCGGGGUGAUGCUGGAGUAGACGUGAAGACGGAGCUGAGCGAAGACAAGGCUGCCGAGUCGGACUCGAAGAACGGAGGAGCGAGAGGGAAGGAGCAUCAGAGUUGGGGGCCCAUCACUCCGCACUUUGCGAGCUCGAGCUCGAGCAACGCGCAAGCAUUUGCUGACUCGAUUAAGAGCGGGUGGUUGAGGAAGAGAACUUCGGGAGGUUGGGGGUGGCGCAAGCGAUGGUUCGUCCUGAGCCAGACGCGCCUCUCCUACUUUGCAGACCCGAACAACUUGGGAGUUCAGAAGAUGGUUAACUUCGAUGGUGGAGGCCUGAAGGUGCACAAGGGCAAAGAGAUCAACGAGCUCAUCGUCACUUGCCACGAACGGACCCUCGUCCUCCGAGCAGCGUCGCAGUGGGAGGCUGCUCAGUGGAUGAUGGCGUUCCAGAUAGUCAUGCAAGGCUUCGGGCAGGAGUGGAAGGCCAGCAACGUCGCCGUGAGUGACGCCAUGCGCGCGGAAGCCGGGAAGCCGCGACGCGCGUCAUCGCUGACGGACUGCGACUCGAAGCUGAAACGCAAGCUGGGUGACUACGUGAAUCACUCGAGCUCAUUCGGCCAUGGCACAGAGGAGCGGCCUUCAAAGAUCACGUCCCCUCCGGCUUCACGCGACGUGUCCGAGCAUGGCUGGAGCUCCGCCGACAACUCACUGCAUGGCGCGACUUUCCACGGGAUCCGCUCGCUUGACGGCUCAGCCCACGGGUACGUGAACGUAGAGAGCAACAGCCUUGACAACUCCUUCCAUGGUGACUGGUCCGUCGACCCCUCCGACUCCCUCGCGUCCCAUCGCCGCCAGUUCGCCAUGCUCGAGAAAGCCGCUCAGUCCCUCCAGGCCUUCGCCAUCCAUGACGGGUCCCCGAGCCCCCACCCUCGUAGCCCGCAGUCUCCAGGCGAUCAAGUGCUGAUGCCGCAUGCUCACGCGUCCAGCAUGGCCUUCCCUCCCGCGAGCUUCCAAAGAGGAGGAAGCGGCGGCCCGGUCAUGAGCAGCUUCGAGUCAGCGGCUUACGACAACCCGAACCUGACGAGGAAUGGACCUGUGACCGGAGGAAAACAAGGAGAGGACAAGGCAUCUGCUAGCGGAAGUUCGAUGGGGGUGAAGCCCUCCAAUGGCAUCUUCGCGCCGCUUCCUCGCAUCUCGUCGGAAUGCAUGGAAGCGAUUCCAAGCAGACAGAGACACACCUUGAUGAGGCAGAUUGAGAAUCAACAACGCCAGAACGAGCAAAACCCAGCUGUUGUCAAGGCUGGGCGGCAGGCGGUGGAGCUCACACUCCGACUCCUUGCAGCCAAGUUCUUCACGUGCAAACAGGCCCACAGAGCAUUCCGCGUGUCCGACGUCCUAACAGCUGCAGUGUCUGCCUGUGCUGCGACCAACAGCGACGACCGAUACAGGAUGCAGGCCCUCUCGUCUGCCUACUGCACGUCAAAAGUCUUGAGGGGCAUCAUUAUGAAGCACGAGUCGACCCAGCACCAGUGGCCGUUCGUGGAGGAGGACGAGACAGGCGAGGGGAUCCAGCGAGGAGAGCAGGCAGCAGGAGAUCUCAUCUGCUCCUUGUUUCCCUUCCUCGACAUGGCCCCUGAGGCGGAGCUCCUUCCUCCUGCACUGCUCCCGCUGCUGCUGCUUGUCGACAACUUCGAGAAGACAGCCUGGCCGACACCCCGCGAACAUUGCUGA